AUGGCAUCUUUGGGGCUACAAAUUCUUGGUGUGGCGCUGGCGGUGCUGGGUUGGAUUGGAAACAUACUGAUCUGCAUGCUGCCUCUGUGGAAGGUGUCCGCUUUCAUUGGAAACAACAUUGUAGUGGCUCAGACUAUCUGGGAAGGUCUGUGGAUGACCUGUGUGGUGCAGAGCACCGGCCAGAUGCAGUGCAAGGUUUACGACUCCCUGCUGGCACUGCCUCCGGACCUCCAGGCAGCUCGGGCUAUGGUGGUCAUCGCCAUCCUGUUCUCUCUGUUUGGUCUGCUGCUGUCAGUGGUUGGAGGGAAAUGCACCACAUGUGUUGGAGACAAAGUAGCAAAAGCAAAAGUGGCGAUCUCUGCUGGUGUGUUCUUCAUAUUAAGUGGGGCUCUGUGUCUGGUGACUGUGUCUCUGCCUGCUAAUACGAUCAUAAAGGACUUUUAUAACCCCAUGGUUCCUGACGCCCAGAGGAGGGAGCUGGGUGCGUGCUUGUACAUGGGCUGGGGAGCAUCAGGACUACUGUUGAUCGGUGGGGCUCUUCUCUGCUGUCAGUGCCCCUCAGGAAGAGACCGCUACAGUGGGGCAAAGUACUCCCCACCAAAGUCAACAACACCAGGGAAGGAGUUUGUCUGA